GGACAUCAUUAACGAUAAGGUAUGACUGACCAUACAUUAAAUAUGAUCUCCUCUAUGUCAUGAUAACCUAGAUUAUAUAUACAUGUUAUAUGAAAGUAUCAUUUCCGAUGAAACUGCGUCUUUAGUAAGAUUAGCAUAAUUUGACAAACAUAGCAUGUCAAGUACACAAAAGGCAUUACUAGGGGCCGCAGGAGCAGCUGGGGUUGGGUUGGCAUCAUGGCGCCUAUUCUUUCCUUACAUUGGCGACGACAUCCGUACCAUACGGGCAACCAAACGGACGGCCGGUGCUAUCAUGAAGGCAAUGAUAGAGGAUAAAAGAAUUAUUGACCAAUUCGAAGCAGCUGUGGCAAAACACCCAAAGAAAACGUUUGUUAUAUUUGAGGACAAAUAUUAUACUUAUGAAUUUGUUGAUUCAAUGGCUAACAGGAUUGCAAACGCUGUUCAAAAAUUGAAUAUAAAACAGACAGAUACAGUGGCCAUGAUGAUUUACAACGAACCAGCCUUUGUUUGGACUUUUCUUGGGUUACAGAAACUUGGUAUUGCAGCUGCUUUUGUCAACUUCCAUCUAAAAUCUAAGCCUCUGGCUCAUUCUAUUGCAGUCAGUGAAGCCAAAGCAUUGAUUGUUGGAGAAGGCGACGAGUUGCUGGCUAGUAUUGAUGAAAUAAGGGAUGAAUUGUCUUCCCUUCCCAUUUACGUGUAUGGUAAAUGUCGAGCGGAAUUAGACGACAGAUAUAUUUCUAUGGAUGAUCUGGUAAUAGUAGCCAAUCCUGUUCCUAUAUGUAAAGUGUUUCGACAAAGUGUUUCACCUCUACAUCCAAUAUGUUACAUUUACACCUCGGGCACUACAGGUUUACCUAAGCCAGCCAUAAUAAACCAAACGAAAGCAAUUGGAUUGUCGAAGUCGUUCCUGUUUUUUAACUUUAACGAAAAUGAUAUAGCAUACAUAUGUACUCCACUUUACCAUAGUGCAGCUACAGUGCUUGGAUUCUUUAAUACAAUAGACGUUGGUGCGACUAUUCUGAUUGGUAGAAAAUUCUCAGCCCGUGCUUACUUUGACGAAGUUCGGGAACACAACGUAACAGUUGUACAGUAUAUAGGAGAAAUGUGUCGAUAUUUAAUUCGGGUCCCUCCGAAUGACCUUGAUAAAGUUCAUAAAGUUAGAGUUGCCAUCGGAAACGGUUUACGACCUGAUAUAUGGGAAGAGUUUAAAGGUCGAUUCAACAUUCCGUUGAUAGCAGAGUUCUUUGGAGCAACCGAAGGAACAACAGGAACCUGGAAUAUCCUCAAUAAGCCUGGGUGCAUUGGAAGAUGGUCACCUUUGACUAGACAAUUUGGACCACCUCGUGGUGUAGAAAACUAUCUUGUACGUCAUGAUCCCAUAACGUAUGAACCAAUUAGGGACAAGAAUGGACGAUGUGUUCUUGUAAAACCAGGUGAAGAAGGUUUGUUUAUUUCUGGUGUCCCAGAAUACAUCACGUCAUUUUACAAAGGAACAAAGGAAAUGAAUGAAAAGAAAAUUGUUAGAAAUGCAUUCAAAGACGGAGAUGAGUUCUUUAAUUUUGGAGAUCUGUUUUAUCUAGACAAACACUACUACAUGUACUUCCGCGACCGAGUAGGUGACACUUUCAGAUGGAAAAGUGAGAAUGUAUCAACAAGAGAAGUCUCGGAUGCAAUAUCUACUCUGCCAUUUGUACAAGAUGCUAAUGUCUAUGGCGUUCAAAUUCAAGGUGCAGAUGGUAGAGCUGGUAUGGCUGCUAUAACAUUUAAUCAUGGAACAACAGUUACUACGGAACUGUUGCAACAGAUGUAUAGGAAAAUGGAACACGAACUACCAAGUUAUGCAAGACCUAUUUUUCUAAGGAUAUUAAAUGAGCAAAUUGUUACACAAACAAUGAAACACAGAAAAAUUGAAUUGGUAGAAGAGGGUUUUGAUCCGAACAAAGUUACAGAUCCGUUGUAUGUUUUGGACAAUCUCUCAAAGACAUAUGUUCCCCUGUCAUUAGACAAUUAUAGUCAAGUCAUUCAUUCUAAAUUGUAAGGAUAAUUUAAACUGUAUCUACAUUUUGUAUUUUUAUACAUUGUAAGACGUUUUAUUACAAGAUAUUAUAUUAAA